UUAGCGAGACAACUAACGUUAGCAUGCCAAAUGGGAAAAAGGUGAAUGAGUGUACACGGUUUACGAGAAUAAUUUAGAAACAAGGUGAAUAUUUUGCGAAAAAAUGCUUUGUGCCUCGCUUACAGCAUAGCGACAAUUCUUUGUAAAUACUUACAACGUUCAGUUUAUAUCUAAAACCGAAGGUGUGAAAAACAAUAGCCAAUUAUUUUAGUAAAAUACCCACUUCUUAAGCGAUGCAUCACGUUUGGGAAGACUGUUUUCGAACUUAAUAUCUCCAGCACGUGUUGUUACCAUGGCUACAGGACGCGGACGAGCCUUGGCCAGUUUCAGAAUGGGAUUGGAAAAGGUUCAACAAGCGAACAUAAGAAUCCCACCAAAUACGCCCAGCAGUACAAACGAGAAGAAGGAAAUGCAAUCCGACACAACGAAGAAAAAGAGACAUGGGACGUCCCGAAAACACAAUCCAAAGCCAGAAUCAAAGGGAGCAACUGUAAGGUUAAGAAAUCCAGUUAAUCGUUCUCAAAAUUACUUUGAGAGAAUGCCACCAGAGAUAGUCCUGAAGAUUCUCUCCUAUUUGGAUGCUGCUUCCCUUUUUUGCAUUGGCUUUGUCAACAAGCAGUUUCAUGAACUGGCCAACAACAAUGCGAUGUGGUACAGGAUGUUCACAAAUGAGUCUGGAAAGAUGAAAAAGUGGAAGCCAAAGCAAACCGAUGAAGUGGCAGAGGGAAUGAAUGCAGUGUCCAUUCAGGAAAAGCCGGAAGGGUACUGGAAGAGACUCUACUUUCGGAAGAUGGUUGGGUACAACGAAAGUAAAUGGAAGAGACAAUUAAAAGCCAUAAACCCCUACACUGGCCUGCCACGCUUAACGGAGCAAGUUUUGAGGGAUCUGCAUGUUACAUGGGAGAUCACGGUAACUGAAAAAAGAGGGCGGGAGUGCACAGUUCAGCAAACCCAUGCCUAUUUUUCCGAUUCAUCCGUAACCGUGUGUUGGAGCAACGGCAGUUGGCCUCCUUUUCACCAGCUCUCCAUGCUGCAGCUAUACGGAGUGAAGCGGGUAGCAUUCGAUUGCCCUGCAGUCAACAGGCCUGGGUGGCGAUCUCUGAUUGCGAAGCAUGAUCUGCAUGAUAUCCGAGAGAGGGGCAGAGUCAUCGGCUCAGACAAGCUUGUGAAUUUGUACCACUUGGCCCCUGGACUUAUUAUCGGACUGUGGAGGGGAAAUUGCUCAGUUGCUUUCGUCAUGAUGAAUUUCCACUUCCACAAGUUAGUGGAAAGAAGCCUGCUUGGGUCUUCCAUAUGCCCCUACACAGUGCCAGAGGACAGACCUCCCUUUGAUGAUGUGGACCCAGAAUAUGGUCUCCAUGGAUACACAAUGCACAUCUUACUCCAUAACACUGUGAAGCACAUCAUGUCUGGGCAUUUCUCUCAGCUCUUCUGCAAGACAGAUCACAUUCGGGAUGGGUUCAUACAGCUGAGGGCCAUCAACAGAAAUGCCCUGUCACAGCACACCCCUCUUUCUGGGAAAAUCAACCUGCCCUGGAAGACUGUGGGUCUGGAUGGGAUUGUCCAGAACUGCUGCAUGAUGACCCUGACUGUUCUGGAUGAAGCGCAGAACCCCUUCUGGUGUGUCAGCACACCAGUAACCAUGAUGUUGUCCAAACAGGAAUCUUCGUCAUAUGACUACGAAGGGGAGCGCUUCUUUAUGAAGCACCAGGACUCUGAGGGGAAGAUCAGAAUAGAGCUAGUUUGGUUAGCAGAGCAAGAGCAAUUCUUUCUCACCAACCUUGUGAUUUACAUAGCGACGGCUAAAGUAAACAAGCACUUUGGAAGACAGUACUGAAACUGUGUUUUGGAGAAGAAAAAAAAAAUUUGUUUUGAGACUUGGGCUUAGAAUCGCUCAAUAUGACCUAACUGAGGGGUUGUACAUUUAUGGUCAUUCUGAUGUCAUAUUUCAGAAUCUUUUUCCUCCUUGAUGGUAAGCUGGCAGUUGAAAUGUAAUUGCUGUUCACUGUUUUAUAAGUAUUUGUAUAGUUUAUUCAUAAUGAGCAUGCCAUUUUGGACAUAUUCUAGAUUGUGAGUAUUCAUUGAUUUGAUGUUUUUUUUUUUUUUUUUUGACACUUUUUAAAAAUAUUGUGUUUUAGCCAUUUCAUUUACAUGGCAAAAAUAUUUUGAGUUUUCAUAGUUGUUAUACACUUCACAGUCUAUUUACCAACUCCAUUCUUAUGCUCCAUUUUAAAUGAAUUCUUUUUUGGCAUUGACAUUGUUAAAUGUUUGAUAUUCUUUGGGUACAGGUUUAAAGUAUGCCCUUGUGAAGCCAUAAACUCUAAAAAAUUUCUCUCAAAGCCAUUUAUACCUUAAUAUCAAAUGCUAAAGUGGAGUUUUAGAAUGCACAUGGGGGAGUGAUCUUGGGAAAAAGCCAGUUCCUCCCUUCAUGUAGCACAUCUUUAUUGAUUUAACCGUUGUCCUAUUCUCAUCCUCUCUGGCUAUCCACUCAUAUCAACUACUACUCUGAAAUUCAAGCCAGUCUCUAUAUUACAUUGUACAUAAUCAUUUUGAAAUUAGACGUUAUGGACCUUGGCUCUUUGCAUGUUUUGGGUACGUUACUCAGUUUCUCAGUAAUGCCACUGGAUUAUUGAAUAAAUGGAUUGCGAUUGACAGGAAAAUAAAUAAAAUGGUAUACCAC